AUGAAAGCAGUGGUAGUUGACGGCAAUCAAUGCCGUGUCGACUAUGAGCACAUGAUGCCCCAGUUACAUGACUAUCAUGUGCUUGUGAAGCCAGUUGCGGUAGCUCUUAACCCUACAGACUGGCGGCAUCUGCGAUACGGACGCGCCAAAAAUGGCUGCAUCGUCGGCUGUGACUACGCUGGCGUGGUCGAAUUCGUUGGCAGAGGCGUGACUAAGGCAUGGAGCCCAGGCGACAGGAUAUUUGGAUGUGCCCAUGGUGCCAACCUCGCUAAUCCAGACGACGGUGUGUUUGCCGAGUUUGCUGCUGUUGUUGGUGAUCUUCAAAUGCGAAUACCGGAUGAAAUGGACUUUACAGACGCGGCGACCCUGGGACUGGGAUCUAUCACAGUCGGCCAAGGUUUAUUUCAAAAAGCUCUGAAGUUGGAUUUGCCGGCCUUGACGAUAAUGAAAAAAGAAAUUCCUGUCUUGAUCUAUGGCGGCGGGACGGCCACGGGAGCGCUGGCUAUCCAGUAUGCUAGACACCUGGGCGCAGAUUUCGCCGUGGAUUACCACGAUGCAGAUGCUGGCGCACAGAUUCGCGAAUACACUAACAACAACCUAUUCCAUGCUUGGGAUACUGUGAGCGUACCCCAGUCUGCGCAAAUAUGUGCCGACGCGCUAUCCACGCAAAAACAUCAAACGCCCAUAUACGGUACCGUAUUGCCGAUUGGCAGUCCUCGUGCCGAUGUAGAGACGGUAUCAACGGUCAUGUAUACCGUCUUUGGCAAGGAAUUUAAAUUUGGCCCCGUCGUUGUACCAGCAAGCAAAGAGGAUCUCGAAUUCGGCAAGACGUUUUCUGCUCUUACAGAGGCAUUAGUGGCAGGAGAUCUUCUGUAG